AUGGAGGGUCGACAACGCGUGCAGCAGAACGAUCUGCUGCUACAUGAGGCUGUCAUUAAGAACGAGCCAGCGGCAGUAAGGGAAGCGUUGCAGAGACCAACUGACGUCAAUUGUAGGAAUAACUACGGAAGAGCUCCAAUUCACUGGGCAGCCAGCAGAGGAAAUGUGGAAAUUAUUAAUUUACUCAUCGACGCCAAAUGCGACAUAGAAGCUGUAGACAAGUUUGGAAUGCGUCCUCUGCUGAUGGCAGCUUGGCACGGCCACCUGGAAGCUGUGAAGACGCUCGUACAAGCCGGCGCUUGUCUUGCGGCUACUAAUAAGAAACACAACGAUCUCCUACAAUGCGCCUGCGUCAAAGGUUCAGUGGACGUCGUCGCAUACGCAAUAACUCUUGGAGCGAGCGUACAAGGUACGGACGCUGCUGGGGACACGCCACUGGCGCUGGCUGCGCGAGCUGGACACACAGCUGUUGUAGAGUUGCUACUGGAGAAAGGCGCGUGCAUCGAUGCCAUUAACAAGACUGGACGUACAGCACUACAUGUAGCAUGCGAAGGAGGUCACUCAGACACCGCUGUUCUCCUAGUAUCCAAAGGAGCAUCGCGUGAAGCGAGAGACAACUCUGGUCGCACUCCUCUCCAUAUUGCCGCUGUUCACAGACACACUGAACUCGUACGAACUCUACUCGAGACGGACUGUCAAGUUGAUACUACUGAUAAUAAUGGCGUAACGGCGUUACAAAUGGCGUGCGCCCAGGGCUGCAGAGGUAUUGUGGAGCACUUACUUGCAUUCGGUGCGGAUGUUCAUUUGCAAAAUAAUGUUGGCUCAUCAGCUUUACACGCGGCGUGCGCUGCUGAUGCAGCAGACAUCGUUGAACUCUUGCUAGCCCACGGGGCCGACCCUGCUCUCACCGACAAGGUAUGUUAA